AUACAAGGCAUAACGUUUUACACUCAAGAGACACAACACAUACACAUUCAAGUGUUCUUCUCUUCCUCUGUAUACAACUCUGUUGCUAGUUUUUGAAUACCAUAACUUAGUAUUAACAAAAUGGAAGGAGAUAAAUGUUGUUCAAGCUUAUUUCAAAGGUGCAAGCCAUACAUAGCUAUGAUUUCUCUUCAAUUUGGUUUUGCUGGUAUGAAUAUAAUAACAAAAGUAUCACUCAACCGCGGAAUGAGUCACUAUGUUCUUGUUGUUUAUAGACACGCUUUUGCUACCGCGGCUAUUGCACCUUUUGCUAUUGUUCUUGAGAGGAAGAUAAGGCCAAGGAUUACAUUUCUUAUGUUCAUACAAAUGUUCGUCUUGGGACUCCUCGGGCCUGUGAUUGAUCAGAAUCUAUACUAUGCUGGGUUGAAAUUCACUUCUCCAACAUACUCAUGUGCUAUUAGCAAUAUUCUCCCUGCAAUGACUUUUGUAAUGGCUGUUAUUUUCAGGAUGGAGAAAUUGGACAUGAGAAAAUUGAGAUGCCAAGUAAAGUUGAUUGGAACUAUAAUCACAGUUGGUGGGGCUAUGGUGAUGACAUUAUACAAAGGACAAGUUAUCAAUAUAUUGGGUUCUCAAUACAUGCAUCAUCCUAGAAAUUAUGCACCUGAAAACACUACUGAUUCUGGUGAAAAAGAUUGGGUCAAGGGUUCUAUUCUCCUCAUAGUAGCUACCUUUGCUUGGUCUUCUUUCUUCAUCCUUCAGGCUGUCACAUUAAGACAAUAUUCAGCACAGCUUUCACUGACAGCCAUAGUGUGUUUCUUGGGAACACUUCAAUCAAUUGCAGUUACAUUUGUUAUGGAAACUAAGCCAAAUGUUUGGAACAUUGGUUGGGACAUGAACCUAUUAGCCGCCGCAUAUGCUGGUAUAAUAUCAUCAGGUCUUACAUAUUAUGUACAAGGAAUUGUGAUGCAAAAGAAAGGACCUGUUUUUGUGACUGCUUUUAGUCCUUUGAUGAUGAUCAUUGUAGCUAUCAUGGGCACUUUCAUCCUUGCUGAAAAAUUAUACCUUGGAGGUGUUAUUGGAGCUAUUUUGAUCGUAAUUGGACUUUACUCAGUUCUAUGGGGCAAAAACAAAGAAAACAAAGAGAUUGAAGCAGAGACAAUAACAGAAGGAACAAAGUGUUGUGUUGAAAAUGGAGUGUUGGAAACAGUGAUUGAAGAAGGUGUUGAAAUAAAUGAUAUUGAAGUGCAAAAGGAUGAACCUGCUAAAGUUUUAAGGGUGACAAUUAUUAGUGCUCCAAAAGUUUAAACGUGUAGAUAUUAUUAUUAAGAGAAGAAUAACAAUAACAAAAAAGUGCUAUGAAAAAAGGGUCACGAAGAGUUGAGAAAUUGGGAGAGGUUUUUGUGAUGUGCAUCCUCAUCAUUAUCACUUUACUUUCUUUUUUUGGGAAAACUAAGCUAAUGCAUUUUUGGUGGCUGAUUAAGACCAUUUAGUGUGGACAGCAGGUGCAGAUAAUAAUCUGAGUUUUUAGGUUAAUUUGUAGAGUUAGUUAACAUUUGUUUUCCUGUUAAUUAGUUACUAGUUCUCAAUCCACUUCACUUUAUAAAUACUUGUAAUACUCUCUUCAUUUAGUACAACAAAAAUCAAUCCUACUUGUUUGCAUUACUUUCAA